ACGAACCUCCUCACAAUCCAGUAAGAUUUGCGCGUUCAGCUGAGGAACAGUGAAAUUCGUCGUUCUAGCCUCGCGAAACCAUUGAGCAGUGUGUGUUACGGAUUGCUUGCUGCCACGCAGAAGGGAGGACAAUUGGCUCAAGUGAAGAACGAACUAGACGACGAACAACACUGUAUGCAGAACCAUGCUGUUCCGAGUGAAAACGUGCUAGACAUUCCGAGGCUAUCUUAACCACCAGAACCUUUACCAAUCCGUUAACUACAUAGGCAUUGAGAUGACGACCACAGUGGAGCAGAAAACCGGUGGCCUCAAGCGAGAAAUGGGCUUGAUGUCCGCCAUCAACGUCAUCAUCAGUGUUAUGAUCGGAUCAGGAAUAUUCGUUUCGCCAACGGCUGCUCUGCGAUACUCUGGAAGCGUGGGAUUCUGCUUAAUCAUUUGGAGCGUUUGUGGAGUGAUUUCCUUACUGGGAGCACUAUGCUUUGCCGAACUGGGAACGAUAGUUCCUCGCUCCGGUGCAGAGUAUGCCUAUCUGAUCGAGUCCUUUGGAAAGACUCAUCGGUUUUGGGGUCCACUACCAUCGUUCAUCUGUGCUUGGGUCUAUGUCAUGGUACUAAGACCCGCCGAAAUCGCUGUAAUCAUCCUCACGUUUGCAGAAUACUCCAUAUUGCCUUUCAGUCAUGUGCUUGGAUUAGACCAUCUUCCUUCAGAGGACCUCCAUCGACUUAUCAAGCUGGUAGGAAUUUUAGGAUUAGGCAUCAUAACGUAUAUUAAUCUCAGCAGUGUAAAGCUGUAUGUUACCAUAAACAACAUCUUCGGAUUCUGUAAAGUGUUUGCCUGUCUAGUUGUAAUUUUUGGUGGUAUCUACCAGUUAGCAAUCGGCAAUACGGAGAAUCUCUCCCGAGGAUUCACAGGCAGCCAUUUCAAUGCGGGGAACAUUGCGUUAGCGUUCUACAACGGUCUCUGGGCCUACGAUGGAUGGUCCAGCGUAACGACAAUCACAGAGGAAAUCAAAAAACCGGAAAUUAACAUUCCCCGCUCCAUAAUAAUUGCCGUCCCGAUCAUCACAGGAUUGUACGUCUUUAUGAACAUGGCAUAUAUGACCGUUUUAUCGCCAGAGGAGAUGAUUAAAUCGGAAGCCGUUGGACUCGAUUUCGGAGAACGGGUUCUAGGUUCAUUUGCUUUUCUAAUUCCACUGGGGGUAGCAUGUGCGACUUUCGGUUGUGCCCUCAGUAUACAGUUCGGAGUGACUCGCCUGUGUUACGUAGCAAGUCAAGAAGGUCAAAUGCUGGAGUCACUGUCCUACAUCCACGUGCGACGUCUAACUCCUGCUCCUGCGGUGGCUAUGCAAGCAAUCCUGGCUCUGAUGUUUAUCCUUGUCGGCAACAUCGAGGAGCUAAUUGAGUUAGCAUCAUUUUUCAUCUGGUUUUUCUAUGGAUCCGCUUUUAUCGCUUUGCUCACGUUGAGGAAAACCCAACCGAAUGUUCAUCGGCCGUAUAAAGUUCCAUUAUUUGUACCAAUUAUCACUCUUGGAGUGUCCAUAUUUCUCUCUAUCGUGCCGAUCGUAGCCGAUCCAUCACCAAAGUAUUUCUUCGCCGUUGCGUUUAUCCUAAGCGGAAUAGCUGUAUACACGCCAUUCGUAUACUACAAAAUACGACCAACGUGGAUGAAUAAAGUUACUUAUCUUAUCCAGAUGUUAUUCGAAGCCGUGCCCACCUCAGAAAAGUUGGAUUAGCCUGCUGCGCUGUACAAAUAUUUCGUUUUAAUAAACAGCUAUAAAACACCCACGAAGCGUUUAUUAUUAU